CUGCAAUUACCAGCGGAAUAUUAGGCAGUUCACGAGAAUCAACGAACUAAAUUUCCCUGAACACCAAUAAUUGAAAGAACCCAAAGUUUUUCUAUUAAUUUACAGAUUUUGUGCCAUUUUUCCUCAACCUUCGAGCCUUUGCUUUUCCACUUGCAUUUCUGUCUCUCAGACAAAAAUCGGCCCCAUUAAUGGCGCCUUGUCAGUUUCCACCCUCACAGAAAAACCAGAAGUAAAUGCUUCGCUGCUGGCCUUUACGGCCUUCUCCAACUACCAUUCCAUUAUUUCCUCUCUACACAAACAUUCACUGACCAAGAACAUCACUGUGGGAGCUACCCUUUAAUGGUGUUUUUGGUUCUUGCAACUCCCAAGGAAGAAGGAAACUUGCUGUGUGAAAUUUGCAUAGAGGGAUCACAGAAUUUUGCGCACUGAGGAACUUUCAUGAAACUUUGAGAGUAUCAGAAAGCUUAGAAUUUAGGAAUUGAGCUGUAAGAAUUUAUACUGCAAUGAGAUACUUUUACUUGUUAGUUUCAGUAAUUGUGUCAUGGGUUUUGUUCCUUCCAAGAACCCAUGAAUUGCAAACCUCUCAGAGCCAAGUGUUGUUGCAGUUGAGGAAGCAUUUAGAGUACCCUCCCUCAUUAGAAAUUUGGGGAAAUUACAGUGGAGACCUCUGUAACCUGUCUUCCACUGCUCAUGUGAGCAUUUCAUGCCAGGGCAAUUCAGUCACUGAGCUCAAAAUUAUGGGAGAUUAUAAGCUUGUUAAUGUGAGUGGUUUCAAUGGAUUUGCAAUUCCCAACCAGACUCUGUCUGAGAAUUUUGAGAUUGAUUCUUUUUUCACCACAUUGUCAAGGUUGCCUAGUUUGAGGGUUCUUAGCUUAGUGUCUCUGGGGAUUUGGGGUCCGCUUCCUGAUAAGAUUCAUCGGUUGUCUUCGCUUGAAGUCUUAGACUUGAGCUCGAAUUUCAUGUUUGGUUCCAUUCCGGCGAAAAUAUCUAGAAUUGUGAAACUUCAAACUCUAACACUGGAGGGCAAUUAUUUCAAUGAAACUGUCCCUGAGUGGUUGGACUCGUUGUCGAAUCUCACUGUUUUGAGCUUAAAGAGCAAUCGGUUGAAAGGCGAGUUUCCUUCUUCGAUAUGCAGAAUCAAGACACUCACUGUCAUUGCUUUGUCUCACAAUGAGCUUUCUGGAAAGUUACCUGAUAUGGCUACUUUAAGCAGCCUGCAUGUCUUGGACUUGAGAGAAAAUCAAUUAGAUUCCGAACUACCAAGGAUGCCGAAAGUGUUGGUUACAGUUCUUCUUAGCAAGAACUCAUUCUCCGGAAAGAUUCCUGCACAAUUUGGUGAUUUGGGUCAGCUUCAGCACCUUGAUCUCUCAUUCAAUUAUCUUAGCGGAGCACCGCCCUCUGCUUUGUUCUCUUUGUCAAACAUCAGUUAUCUGAAUUUAGCAUCCAAUAUGCUGAGUGGACCAUUCCCAGACAAGCUAAAUUGUGGUGGAAAACUUGGGUUUGUUGAUAUUUCUAAUAACAAGUUAAUAGGUGAUCUUCCGUCUUGCCUAGGCAGUCCUUCAAAUGAGAGAGUUGUUCAACUGAACGGAAAUUGUCUGUCGGUUGAUUCUCAACACCAGCAUCAAGUUUCAUAUUGCAGAGAAGCUCUUGCAAGGAACAAACAAUCUAGAGGAAGAGGAACCGUCGUGCUAAUUGCUGUUAUCACUGGAGCUGUUCUUGUUUUACUACUUUUGGUACUCGGGGUUCUUUUCUUUUGUAGAAGAUACCGUUCUAGGAGGACAGUUGAGCACAACAUAUUUGCAAAGGCCGUGCCAGAUAAUUCACCAAAUGGUUAUUGCUCUGAACUCGUUGCAAACGCAAGAUUCAUAUCUCAAGCAGCGAAGUUAGACACACACGGUACCCCAGUGAGUCGUAUAUUUUCGCUUGAACAGUUGAAGGACGCAACAGACAACUUCGAUUCAUCUAUGUUUAUGGGUGAAGGCUCAAUGGGAAAGCUUUACAAAGGAAGGUUGGAAAAUGGGACCUAUGUUGCAAUCCGAUCUCUCACUGUAUUGAAGAAAUAUUCAAUUCAAAACCUUAAAGUUCGGCUGGAUUUGCUCUCCAAGCUUCAGCAUCCUCACUUGGCUGGCCUCUUGGGUUAUUGCAUCAACACUGGUGGACAUGAUGAUUCCAGCGGCAACAGAGUCUUCCUUGUAAAUGAAUUUGUCUCUGGUGGGAACUACCGUACCUAUCUGUCAGAAAACUAUCCGGAGAAGGUUCUCAAGUGGUCUGAUAGACUGGCAAUUCUAAUGGGAGUUGCGAAGGCCGUGGACUUUCUUCACACUGGGGUUAUUCCAGGUUGCUUCAACAACCGACUGAAAACAAACAAUAUAUUGCUUGAUGAGCAUCGGAUUGCAAAGUUGAGUGACUAUGGAAUGUCCAUCAUCACAGAUGAAAGUGAAAAACUCGAGGCAAAGGGAGAAGGCCCGAAAACAAAAUCGUGGAAUAAAACAAAUAUGGAGGGUGAUGUUUACAACUUCGGAUUUAUCCUACUCGAAUCACUAGUUGGGCCUAUCGUGAGCGGAAAAGGGGAAACAUUUCUGCUAAAUGAAAUGGCAUCGUUUGGCAGCCAAGAUGGUCGAAGAAGAAUUGUGGACCCGAUUGUGUUGACGACUUGCUCGCAAGAGUCUUUAUCGAUUGUGGUAUCCAUAACAAAAAAAUGCAUAUCUCCAGAAGUGGCAGCUCGUCCCUCGUUCGAGGAUGUUCUUUGGAACUUGCAGUAUGCAGCUCAAGUGCAAGCCACUGCUGAUAGUGAUCAGAAAUCUGAUUCUACGUCUUAAGACUCCUCCUAGUCAGCCUAUGCGACAGCUGAGAAGCAAUAUCACGUUAACAUGUGGCAGUGUGACGGUCACAUUGAGAAAUUUCUCCAAAAUGCGGGGAUUGUAAAGAUAAACUAGGCUGUUGGCUGCAUAGCCGUGUGAAAAUGUAAAGGUUGUUGAAUGCUAGGUUUGGGCUUUUCAUUAGUACAAAUAAUAGUGAAAUCGUUAAGUUUAAUGUUCGAAAGUAAUGGGGCUUUGGCCCUUGGGGUAAUAUGUAAGCUUACAAAAUUUUCACGACUUAUUAAUGCAAAACGAAAUGAUAUGAAAACAAGGUUUGAAACA